AUGACUUACCCACGAGUGUUCAUCUGCUAUACUCAUCCUUCACAGUUUCAAGAUCGACAACAUCGCAGCCAGGUCAAGUCAUACGUGUCUACCAGAGCAUAUUGGAUAGAACAACGGGCCCGCCUGGGCAUCAGAUAUGCUUCCUCUCGAGAGACCAAACACGAGGUGGAUUCAGAUAGAGAAGCCUCCUCCCUCAGCUUCAUCAAUUUCACGACCAUAGACCAAGCACUGGUCGAAAAGCGACCGAGAACUAUGGCCGGAACACGAAGUACUGCAACAGGCCGCAGACACGCAAUUACGGCGGGAAAAGAUUUCAGUCUCAAUCCCAGCCACGACAAAAAUGUUCCUGCCUUCCUGGCGACAACAACACCACCUACGCCGAUCGACCCUCUGCCAGGGAUUCUGCAUCGGCAUUCUCACGGAUUUGCUGCGGCUAACCUCGACGCGGUGGAUGCCAACUACAAUCCGAUAUUUCAUGUCUUUGACGUUGUCAACAUACUGGGAAAUAACUAUUACCGACAGAUGCAGGAUGAGGAUGCUUUUCACGCUGGUGUAGCUGCUAUGCAGGUCUUAAGAGAUGCCUUCGUGUCUUCUUGCUCACAGGACGGGCCUUCGGCAGGGGUUCUGCGAUUUGUUCAGAUCGCCAUCUCGAAGCUACGAGACAGAAUCGCAAGACACGAUCGCUGCAAUGACGAUGCAACCAUCAUGACAGUCUUGUUCCUGGCUCAUCUAGCUAUGGCAUUCGGAGACAUGGCUGCAUUCCGGAUGCAUCGAAGAGCGAUUAGAGAUAUGGUGCAGUCCAGGGGUGGCCUCGAUAAACUGAACCAAGAUAUGUGGAUCAAACCAACAGUGAGACAAUUCGACACCUGCUGGAGCCAGCUACAUGGAGAUCCUAUGUUCACGGAGGACGAGGACACCCGUCUCAUUUUCUAUCCUAAGCCGCCCCUUACGGCCGAGAUGCGACAGAUCGUGGACAGAAUCCCAUUUGGCUUCCAGCAACUUGUCCAAAACGCAGUCCUCUCGGUGGAGAUGGUCAUUCUCCUUGGGAGGAUUGCGCAAUACCAAAAGCUAGCCCAAUCCGAAGACGCUCUGACAUGUAACAGACGACAUGAUAACUUUGGUGAGGCGUGUCCGUCGCUUCGUACGCCUGGACUGAACCUUGAAAAAUACUUGACCUUCUCCCUGUUAUUAUAUUCCAGCAUCACUUUCAGUCCGAAGCGAUCUCUUCUCGAGGCGUGCCACUUGGUCUUCGGCAUUCCCCGGUGCCUGUUGACGAAGGACCUUCCAUCGUUCUUUGGAAAAUCUCCAGAUGAAACCAAGUGCAUCGUUUGGAUGUGGCUAGUGCUCAUCGCCUCUUGGACCAUUGCGAAUAGGACAAAGUCCACCUCGGGGAGAUCUCUAACAUUCCAAUUGGUUGAAAGGUAUCCUGAGUUGCGUGCUUGGACAGAGGUGAAGGGCUUAUUGCAUGAUUUCUUCUCCUCUGGGGUGUUGUUGGAGUCUCUUCAGCAUCUUUGGGAAGACCUGAGACUGGAUGGCGCAGAGAUAUCACAAGCAGUAUAG